AUGCCUGUCGUACCUACGUGGCUUCUGCAGGAGGAAUCUCCAGAUUGCUACAGGCCUGGUGGAUACCGUCCAACAACUCUCGGCGAACAUCUGCACUCCGGGCGCUACGAAAUCCUUUCAAAGAUUGGCCACGGUGUCUCGUCGACGAUGUUAAUCUACGUCAACAGCGAGGGCAUCUGCGUCGCUUUGAAAAUACUGGCAGGUCAUGCUGCUGGAGAUUCUGCUAUGGUGGAACUUGCUUCACUCAAACGUUUGUCCAGUGGCGAUCACAACCACCCCGGCUAUGCUUGCGUUCCCACCAUUCAUGACGCAUUCUGGACCGAAAGCCGCUAUGGGAAGCACCUUUGCAUCGCAACGGACGUUCUGGGAUUGAAUUUAUUUGAGCUUCCGCUCAAAUUCCAGUCGAUUGAGGCCCAUAUGCCAGAGAUUGUCGUCAAACGUGUCAUGCGCGACCUCCUAAGUGCACUAGACUAUUGUCAUAACCAAUGUCAAAUCAUCCACACAGAUGUGAAACUCUCCAACGUACUGUCGUCGUUUGACUAUAAGCUCACAGCUUCAGAUCCAAUGAUAAGAUGCAUGGAUGCACACGAAGUCCAAGUUGAGGAUGGGAGUACCGUAAUUAUUACUCAGGCAGGUGGGUUUAGUACCUUGGAGGAUGAUGCUUUGGAUAUCGAGGGCUGGAAAAUGCUCCAUUUCAAGUUGGUUGAUUUCGGAAGUGCAUUCAUGGGAAAGAAAAGCGUUUUUGAGGAGUACGGCACUCAGCCUAUCUCCCCGCCUCUGACUAGGUCACCGGAGGCAUUCAUUGGUGCUCCCUGGAACGCUUCGACAGACAUUUGGAGCGUCGGUAUGACGCUCUUCCAGCUCUUAACGGGCUCAACGCUCUUUGCUACAGAUGCAGCGGAAAUUGCCUUUCCCUUAUACAUGUAUCAAAAUUUCGGGCGAUUCCCCGCAACAGUGAUUGAAGCAAGUCGGAAAGUGCAAGCUUGCCGCACGACGGGACGCUUCACUCGGAAUUCGCAGCUCAUGACCAACACCUCAGCCUCCAGGCAUUUUUUGAGAGCCUACCGGGAGAACGGCGUCCCUCACCAGAGGCAAUCGAGUUUCAAAUGA